CUGUGACGAGGAAUCCCACCUUCUCUUUUCUCUCUCCUAAUUUCGUCACCUCCACUGCUCCAUUCGCGCAUCUCUUCUUCCUUUCUUUUCUCCUUAUCUUCAUCACUUUUUACUCAAUUGUUUUGUGUCUAAUUAGUUUACUUUCACGGAAAGAAGCAAAACCAGAGAUUAAUUGGAGAGAUCAAUGCCAAAUUCGGGAUAAUGAAGUUCUGUAACGAAUACGAGGAGAUGAUGCAGGGGUUGGGGCAGAAGAAAUUGCCUCGGAUUGGCUGCGGGAGCCUCAACAAUAUUUUGGAAAGUUGCAGAAAACAGCUCCUCCAUUCACAUACUGCUGAUGUUCGUGACGAUCAAGCUAAUGCGGACGGGGUUUCUGCUGACUCACAGCCCUGUUCAGUGUGCGAGGGGACGUUUUUCCCUCCGCUUCUCAAGGAGAUCCGUGGAGUAGUUGGAUUUUUCAAUAGCAGAGCGCAGGCACUGCUUGAUCGUCACCUACCAUCUGGUUGCUGCAAGUGCUUUCUAUGGUUGGGAGAUAGAUUACUAGGAACUGAUGUUGAGCUUAUUCAAGAAUGUGAAACUCUGAUUGCUUAUGCUACGAUUAGCACCAUUGCUGUGCGCAGAUUGCUCCAAAAAUACGAUAAGAUUCAUUAUUCUAAGCAAGGUCAAGCUUUCAAGUCGCGUGCUGUAAGCAUGCGGGUUGAGAUCCUUCAGUCACCUUGGCUCUAUGAACUUAUGGCUCUCCACAUAAAUUUAAGAGAGGCUAAAGCAAAUAUGGGAAGUGCUCCUCUACAAUUAGAUGGGUUCAGUCUGAUAUUCGACAAUAUGAAACCAUCUCUCUCAUUUGAGCUCUUUGAUUCAAUCAAGCUCAACAUUGAGUUAACCUGCUCGAUAUGCUUGGAGACGUUAUUUGAUCCCGUAUCUCUUGGCUGCGGUCAUCUGUUUUGCUACAUGUGCGCAUGUAAAGCUAGUUCAGUGAGUGUAGUGGACGGGCUCAAGGCAGCUAGCGGGCGUAAGAAAUGUCCAGUGUGCCGUGAGGUGGGAAUAUACGAAUCUGCUGUGAAUUUGGAAGAAUUGCAUAUCCUAUUGAAAAGAAGUUGGCCUGAGUAUUGGGAAGAACGCCGCAAAAUGGAGAAAGCAGAGAGAAUUGAGGAGGCAAAGCAGCAUUGGCAGUCUCAGGCAGCUCGAUUUAUGGGUAUUUGACUUCUCAAUCCUUCCCUUGUAAUUAUCAUUUUUUCAUUUUCUUUUUGGCUGUAUAUAAGUUUGUUGAUAACCAUUGGAUAUGUAACAUGUUAAUGGUGCAUAUUUUUUUUAAAUUCAUUUUACUUGUAGAGUUGUAGACUUGUAGUUAUAUUACAUCAACACGCUUUGAAUUUCCACAUUA